AUUCUUCAAUAUCCGGCUAAACUCUUUAGCCUAUAGCCUGAAAAACGUGACAAAGUAUAAAAUUGUGGUAUCUUUAAGACAUUGGGUAAGCAUAGUUCUGAAGAGUAAUAGGAGAUGACGUCUAUCACCUCCGCUGCACUUCGAAGGUUAUCGUCUGCAGCAUCUAGAUGCCGAUACCUUGGCUACCGAAACCGAAAUAUGCCUCCUUAAGUCAACAACGAGGUGAAACUAAAGUAACUGUGUUGGAAAAUGGACUUACAGUUGCUACCGAAGAUAAAUUUGGGCAAUUCUGUACCGUUGGAGUUGUGAUCGACUCAGGAUCUCGGUACGAAGUUGAUUUCCCGAGUGGCAUCACCCACUUUUUAGAAAAAUUAGCUUAUUCUUCAACAGAAGAUAUUCCCGAUAAGGAUAAGUUUAUGCAAAUUCUUGAAGAGUUGUCAGGAAUUAGUGAUUGUCAAGGUUCCAGAGACACGUUAAUUUACGGGCUCUCGGCUGAUCCUAAAGGUUUAUCAAAAUUAGUCCAACUAUUGUCAGCGGUGACUCUUAGACCAUUAAUAACUGACGAAGAAAUCUUUAUUGCACGGAGAACAAUCGAGUUUGAAUUAGAGUCAUUGGAUAUGGCUCCGGACCCUCAGCCCAUUCUUCUUGAAAUGAUACAUCGAGCUGCUUAUUUUGAUAAUACAUUAGGCUUACCAAAAACUUGCCCAACGGAGAACAUUAACAAAAUUAAUAAACAAACAAUUUACGAAUAUAUGAAGUUAUGCCAUACCCCUGAUAGAAUGGUCAUAGCUGGUGUUGGAAUUAAUCAUGAUGAGCUAGUGAAAGAGGCUCGAAAGCACUUUAUGUCAAAACCAAUAUGGGAUGAUGUAAAAACUUCCAGGCGACUUGAUAAAGGCUUAGCUCAAUAUACCGGAGGUGAAGAGAAAGUGUUUAAAGAUAUGUCGAAUGUUAGUCUAGGCCCAACUCCAAUGCCUGAAUUAUUACAUUUUGUUAUUGGACUGGAGAGCUGUUCACAUAAAGAUAAAGACUUUAUAGCUUUUUGCGUAUUAAAUACUUUAAUGGGAGGAGGUGGAAGCUUCAGUGCGGGUGGACCCGGAAAGGGAAUGUAUAGUAGGCUAUAUACAAGAGUCUUAAACAGGCAACAUUUUAUGUACAACGCAACGGCAUACAAUCACUCAUAUAAUGAUUCUGGUCUAUUUUGUAUUCAUGCCUCUGCUCCUCCAAGUUAUGGAAAAGAAAUGGUUGCAGUAAUUGUUAAAGAACUUUCUAUUUUACAAAAUGGUAUCAGCGAGGACGAGCUACAAAGAGCAAAAACGCAGUUACAAUCAAUGCUGUUGAUGAAUUUAGAAAGCCGGCCCGUUAUAUUUGAAGAUCUUGGAAGGCAAAUGCUGGUCAGUGAAGAGAGGCGCGGCCCUGAUUACUACUUUAACGAGAUAGGAGCGAUAAGGAAUGAAGAUAUCAUUCGAGUAGCUAAAAGAAUGCUAGCUACACCCGUAACGAUUGCCUCUUUGGGUGAUGUUAACAAGAUACCCUCAAUUAACGAUAUACGAACAGGUUUAAGCUCGAGAGAUGGACGUCUUCCUGGUCGAUUUCGCUUGUUCCAGUAA